GGGGGGAUCCCUCCGCCUCAUCCCCUGCGACCGCUGACACCUCGCUCCUGCCCACCCGGAGCCGCUGCUGCCAUGCCGGUGACGGUGACACUGCCCGGCCCGGCCCCGUGGGGCUUCCGCAUCUCCGGGGGAAGAGAUUUCGGGAAGCCCAUCACCGUCUCCAAGGUGACGGAGCACGGGAAGGCGGCCACGGGUGGCCUGAGGCCGGGGGAUGUCAUUGUCACCAUCAAUGGGGAGAGCACGGCUGAGAUGCUCAACGUGGAGGCGCAGAACAAGAUCAAGCAGAGCCCCGGGCAGCUCCGGCUGGAGGUGGAGAGGGCCCCGGUGCCACCUCCCAGCCACACCAACGGGGACACCUCGGCGGAGACGUUGGCCACUCACUUCCAGGACACGCUGUGGAUGCAGAGCAAGAGCCAAAGUGCCCCCAGAACCCUCGGUGCCAGCCUGGCAUCCCUCACCCAGCCGCCUGGCAGUGCCAGCUCACAGCCCUUGGAGCAGGAGUUCACCUGUCCCAGCCUCUGCCAGGAGCGACGCCCGAGCCGCCAGAGCAGCUCCCAGGGACCCGUCCUGCCUCCAGCCCCCCGCCCACCCUCACCGCAGCUCGGAGCCCCCCAGAACCCCUGGAAAAGCCUCAGGGAGCGGCGCCUCUCCUCCCCCUCUCCCGGCACCUGCCACAGCCAGGGCUCGGAGCCGGCCAUGAGGCGCUUGGAGGAGGACUCGGAGGUCUACAAGAUGCUGCAGGAGAACCGGGAGCUGCGGGCGGCCCCGCGGCAAUCCAGCACCUUCCGCCUGCUCCAGGAGGCGCUGGAGGAUGAGGAGGGAGGAGGCCCCGCAGCCCCCUUCCCCAGCCGGCUCUCGGCCGGUGCUCGCAAGCCCGUGGCCGGGGUGCAGAAGCUGCACGUCUGUGAGAAGUGCGGGAGCAGCAUCGCGACACAGGCGGUGCGGAUCCAGGACGGCCGCUACCGGCACCCGUCCUGCUACACCUGCGCCGACUGCGGCCUCAGCCUGAAGAUGCGCGGCCACUUCUGGGUGGGGGACGAGCUGUUCUGCGAGAAACACGCCCGCCUGCGCUACCAGGGACCCCCGGGGACAGCCGUGUCCCCCCGCUCCUGAGCCCCGGCACCGCGCGGUGGGGUCAGCCCCGCAUCCCCCCGUGGGCCCGGGCCGGUCCCGCCCCACCGCGGUGGGGCUGGGCUGGGGGCGCUGCCAGGCUGGGGAUGGACGGGAUUUGGGGGUGCACGCCCCUUCGUGGGCGUGUGCGAUGAGCUGGGUGAGUUCUCAGCCUGGGCGACACCGAGGGCACGUUGGGAGUGGCGUGGCUUGAGCGCUUGGGGACCGGAGAGGGGCUGGCACCGCUUGUGCACGGACUGCAAAGGGCUUCUCCGAGGAAUUAAAGCAGAUUCUCUUUAAAUAUAAUAUAUAUUUGCUCCAC